UUUAUUUACUUUCCGCUGUCUCAUAUGGUGGCUUGUGGCUUCUGGUGAUUGUGCUUGUGGUGUACUGUGGGUGUUUAUCAACUUGAAAAGUUGCCAAACUUCACCAUGGGACUCUCAAGUGAAGGAGAUCAAGAAAUUCGGUCCCACUUUCAAGAAGUAUGCAGGAGUUUAAACAUGGACAAGAACACUUUGGAUCAAGCGUUACACACGUACGAGAGCAUCAGCAUAAACUACACACUUGAGGGUGACAGCUUACACUGGAUUGCUUGUGCACUCUACGUUGAAUGCCGCAGUGGAAACGUACCAACUGUUGCUCACAACUCUCGCAUUGAAGGCAACUGCGUAUCAUUGACAAAGCUGCUCGAGACAUGCAAAAUAAGUUUGCUCGAUUUCUUCACAAAAAUGAAGAAGUGGGCAGACAUGGCCAAUUUGAAUGAAACUAUGCGUCAACGUAUAGAAACCAUUGAGAAAAGUUUCUGUGUGUCAGCCAAAAUCUAUGAGAAGUAUGUAAAAAUCUUCAAGGGUGUCUUCAAGGAACCUCUUCAGGGUGAACCACCACGGCGCAAGAUUAAGCCAACUAAGCGUAGAAUGCACAGGCCACCUUUGUGUGAUUCACGUGACAUGUUUCAUUUCAUCUGGAUAUUGUAUGUAUAUAUCAAAGGUCGCUUCCCUGGCAUCUGCUGUGAUCUGGUCAAUUGCUACCAUCUACUUCUCUGUUGCAUGGAUUUUGGCUGUUCCAUGGCAAUGGAAGCCAAACAAACUGAACUUUUCAAUCCAAGGUUCUAUGCUGAGCAAGUAGCCAAGUCAAAAGACAGGAACAACCAGGACCCUGGGAUCAUCCGAGAGCUUGUGAGGGAUCAUGACGGUAGCUUUGAGGAUGCCUCUGUGCUCAGAGCACAUCAUUUUCAGCCUCCCAUUAGGAGACUGAUGGCUGAAAAGGUGCUGCAGGGAGACAUUAAGACCCUCACAGUAAGCUUGGAUCCUACAGCAUUUGACAACAGCAUGAAUAAGCUGAAUAAGACAUAUGAGGAGUGUGUGCUUAGAGAAGGAGAUUUGGAUGAACGAAUAUUCCUAGCUGAUGAUGCAUAUCAAAAAAUUGGUACACUCUGCCAUCCAGAGCUGCUUCAAAGGGAACUUACAAGACCACGUGUGGAGCACGUUGUCAAGAACUUCAUUGAUGUUCAACAAUUACGGACGCCCCUGACUGGAAGGGGAAACCUGCAGAAUCGUGAAGCAAUCAAUAGAAGUCCAGUUUCUACAGCAACACAAUGUGCCAGCAAAUUGCAAACCUUGCUUGCUGGCUGUAAGAAUGCACCUAGUAGUCGAUUGCAAGAAAUGUUCAGUGAACUGGACCCCAAUGUCGAGGCAAGCACCAAGGCAACAGUCAAGGAAAUGGGCGAUGCAUUCUGUGCUGCUUACACACAGCCGACAGCUGAUCAGCAGUGUGGCACCGCUCACCUUGACUUUGCCCGCAUGCGGCUGCAACUUGGUGAAACACUGUUCUACAAGGCACUAGAAAAUAUUAUCAUGAACGAAACACUUCAGCAAAAAACAAACACUGAACUUUCGGUUCAUUUGUGCCACAGUGUAUUUCAGCAGUCGUUGUUUGCUUGCUGCAUGGAGAUCGUAAUGUUCUGCUACAACUCACAGAGAGAAUUCCCAUGGAUUCUGGAAGCCUUUGGUCUUAUGCCUUAUAACUUCUACAAGAUAAUAGAGCCCCUAAUACGUGCCGAGGAAGGCCUGUGGCGAGAAGUGGUGAAACAUCUUAAUCACAUUGAAGAACAGAUCUUGGAGAGCUAUGCUUGGAAAGAGGAAUCACCCUUGUGGGACUCAAUUGAGCAUUCUGAGCAACCUGUGCCUGCCUGUAAAGAAGUUCUGCUUCGAAGGCAGCUAGACAGUUCUCGUGAAGUUGACAAUAUUGAUGCCCCACACCCUGCUACUCCGGCCCCGUUGGCUAUAAGAAGUCUUAAAGGGGAUGACAGUUCCAUGAAGAAGGAAGUGCCACUGUCUCCAGUCUCAGUGGCAGAUCGCUACCAAUCCCCUGGCAACUCAGUGCGACGACGCCUGUUUUCAAUAGCAAAUACAAAUGCAAAUGUAGUAGUGCCAUUGUCUUCCCUUGAAACUGGAAACACCACCACCACUGGACAAGCACGCACCCUGUCGAUAACUAUGCAGUCUCUGCCUGGCAGUAACAUCACCACAACCACCUUUGUACCUGUGACUGUUGAGGGCAAAUCUGCAAUGACUCCUGCCACUCCGGCGAACUCUCAGUCUGAUGGUAGUGGGCGGCCUAAUGUGGUCACGCUCACAAGCAGUGCACCAGAACCAGCUGAAAGAAGCAAACCGCCAAGAUCAGGAUCGUUGGCUCUGUUCUUUAGGAAGGUGUAUCAUUUGGCAGGUGUGCGGUUGCAAGAUCUUUGCGACAGACUGGGUAUACAGCAAAGGGAUAUCCGGCUCAAGAUAUGGACUUGCUUUGAGCAUUCCAUUGUGGCACACACAAGUCUCAUGAAGGAUCGCCACUUAGAUCAGCUAAUUCUCUGUGCAGUUUAUGUGAUCACAAAGGUUACCCAGGUGGACAAGAGCUUUCAAGAAAUUUUGCAGUGUUAUCGGCAGCAGCCGCAAAACAAGAAUCAUGUGUACCGCAGCGUACUGCUGCACAAAAAUCCUACACACAGCAACCAAAGUAGUAGAACGGGAUCAAGCUCGAGUUCUCCAGCAACUGUGGAAAAGGAUGAAAAUGAGGCCAAAGGAACAGAACCUGCCACUAGUACGCGUUCUUCGAGCACCCUUCCAAUGUUGUUGCCGAAUAGCCAGCCCCCAACCCCUACCCGUCUUGCUGGCACUUCUACUCAAUUUGAGUUUGAUGAGCGGGGAGACAUCAUUCGCUUCUACAAUGAGAUCUACCGCAGGAGGAUUCAAACCUUUGCACUCAAGUUCUCCCCAGAUCCAGCAAAGGGUGAAGCAGUCUGCCUGACACCUCUACCGCGUGCAAAGUGCAUGCUCAACUCUCCUCGUCGAAGAGUGUCCAACUACAGAGACGUCUUUGUUUCGCCUCUCAAGGCUGGCAGCUACCCUGAGUCACCCAAGCACCACACCUACCAUUUCAACCAGAGCCCAGCAAAGGACCUGCUCGCUAUCAACCGAAUGGUACAAGGCAACAAUGAAAAUGUCAGUAAGCGGAUCCUACAGGGAGAUGACACUACUGAUGAUGAUGCACCUGCAUCGAAGCGCUGCCUCUACAAAAAGAUACAGACUGUCAUGAUGGAGCGUAUGGACGUUUGCAACAGCAGCGAUGGCAGCGGUAAUGCAGAUGCCUAAAACAACGUAUCAGCCUAUGUCCAGCCUUUUUACCUGACAAGCCUUGCACUCUUCUACUGGAUUUUAAUUGCAUUGAACUGCAUAGUUUUUUUCUUUACAUUGACUCAGUUUUUAUGUUAUUUUAAUGCCAUUCCUCGAGGAGGAGCUCCUUGAAUUCACCUGUCUUCAUACAUUUAAUUGAAUUAAUCACGGACACUUUUAAGCAUUUCGUUCUGAAACACUAUAUCUUAGCCAAAUUGGGAUUUUGAUGGUGCUGGACUCUCUUCACAUAAUCUCCUAGGUUGAUCCAGUCAUAGUUGUACAUGUGAAAUUGAUAUUGUGUGCAAUUAGUUAAAGGGGCACUAAAGUGCAAAAGUUUUUUUCCUGCUGAAUGAAAUAUGCUGUUACCUUGACACCAACACAAAAAGAAUGGGAUUCAUAUUGUUGCAUCCUUUGUAAUUAAUGAGCGAAAGAAACUAGUAUUUUGCGCUUUCUCUCUCUUUCUCCUUCUCAAGAAGCAAGGCAAUGCGGAGAGGCCUCGGAUUGGUUUCCUCAAAUGGUCUCUCGUGAUAAUAAGGCAAAUUGUUUGGGGAGACCAAUUAGAGUGAAGUCCGCAUUGAUGACCUUCUUGUGAAGGAAAAGAAUGCAAAGAGGCCUCGGAUUGGUCUCCUCAAAUGAUCUCUAGCAAUAAUUGGACAUAUUGUUUGAGAAGACCAAUGACAGCGAAGUCUGCAUCGUCGCGCUUCUUGAGAAGAAGGGAGAGGGAAAGCGUGAAUUGCGGUUUCUUUCGCUCAUAAACCACGAAGGACGCAACGGAUGAAUCUUGUUGUCAACAUAACAUCAUCUUUGAUUCUGCAAGGAGGAAUUUUUGUGCUUUAGUGCUCCUUAAGGAGAAAUGUGACUUCUUGUUCCCAAUUAUUUUAUGUGCAUAACAAGCUACACUUGUACAUGGUUUGAGUAUUCCUGUCUGUCUUAUUGUAACAAAAUUAGACGGACUUGCCUACAAGAGCCUACAAAUCUGUGACUUUUGUUUAUAGGCAUUGUCACAUCAUUUUUGGUAUGUCCAUUUUAGCACUUGGUGACCAUAGAUUGACAUAAAAGCUUCCUUUUAAUCGAGUCUAAGGUGAUCCAUCCUCAAGCGUUCCUUUUUGCCACACGAUAAUAAGUCAUCUUUUGGCCACAUAAUGACCCGAUAAUCGGAAAUGAUUUUUUGACACCAUGUAGGGCUAGUUCGGCUGUUAAAUCGUAGCUUCAGCUUUUACUUGGCAGGUUAAUUGCUGUAAUCAUAUUUCGAUGUGGCUAACAGCACAACACAAAGCAACAUGCAGUCCCCAUAGCUACACCCAUGUGUUGUCUUAUGCCUUCUACUCGAUGGCAUGGCAGUGCAUGACAGGUUUCGUCUUGAUGUAGCCACAGUUGUGUUGCACUGCAUUAUGUUCCGUUACACUACCAAAUAAUGCAUAAAACAGCACACCCAGUACUGGGGAUUGCUAAAAAAGAUGACAGUGGCAAAGUCCAUACUUUUAUUUGUGGUUUGUGCUUGUGCUUUGUAUUAGACUUUUUUUUAGAUUCAGGAUACAAGACAACUAUCCAGUGUGCAAUACCCUCAGUAUUAAGGAUACUGCUACAGCUGCAUAUACAGUCUUCUGAGUCACCCAGUUUUAAUAGUUGUAUAAGAACACUGCUACUCAACAAUACCAUAUAAGCCUGUUGUAGUUCUUAUCCGCAUUCUUUUUAGAGUUUUAAAGUAUCUUCUUGCAUUGUGACUAAAUGCCUGUACUUUGCCUUUUUAUAGUCGUAACCAAUGCAAUACCAUUUUAAAGCAUGUUCUCAAUCUGUGACAUUGAGUUUAUGUGGUGAAUUGUGCCUUCAUAGAAUUGUAACAGAUGUUUGUUUUCACUUUAAAGGAAUCUGAUACUUCAGCCUAGAACAUCUCAAUCAUAGUGUUAUCUUACUGUUUCUCAUUUUAAUCAUCAGAAGAAAAUUCCUUUUUAUAUGUCAUUUUCUUUAGAAUUUUAACAGCUACAAAUUUUAGACACAGCAUUGUAUCGUGGAACUAUCGUGGGAUAUAGGGAAUAGAACCACUGGAACAAGGGUUAUUGGUGGUGCACAGUGGAUAUGCAGUGAGCAUACAAAGCGUUGCAUGAUUAGUUGGUGCAGCGUAGAUAGUACUUUGGUUUUCUAGCAGCCUGCCAUGUGUAUUACACAAACUAUUGGAGACCGUUCUUUUGCAUAACUGUCAUCCAAAGUGCCUGCUAUAUUGUAUCCCCCGUGGGCAUCUUUUUUUCCUCAUCCAUACUGUUAACCAGCCUUCACGUGUAGUGUCGAGUGAUUUCCCUUGUGGUAGUUACUAAGAAGUAUUUAUGUUGUGAACCAAUUCUUGAUUUCUAGUGUGAUGGGGGCAAUAUGCAUACGAAAAAAAAAAAAAAAAAAGCAAAGAGUUUGCCCAUGUGUAAGCCCUCUGUUGAUCAGAGUUCUAAUUUCACUAAGUGCAAGCAGUCAUUGCAGUUGCCAUUGUUUGGCAUUUGUUCUAGCGAACCUGUAAGUUUUUGCUGCAAUUGUUUCAUUACGCAAUCAUCACUUUUUAGCGUGUGGCUUUUACAAUUAGUUUUAGUUGCUUUCUUUUAUUUCUUUUUCCUCAUACCCUUACUCUACCAUCUUGUGUAAGGCAGUAAUGAUACUUUGCUUCCUGUAAUGUUUGUAGUACUCCUUACUGCCCAAAUAACUUUCACACCUCCAGGACAUGGUCAAACCGAUUCAGAUGCGCUUUAUAUUUCCUUUUCCUAAGCACGCAAUGGUACCUUGUUUCACUGUAGCUGACUACCUUUCUGCUAUCAAUCUUACUGCUGUCCCAUUAGGUGUUUGUUGUUAAUAACACUUGUAUUUCGCAGAUAUGUGCCAUGUUUUAGGUGUAGGACAAAACCUGAGAGCAUGUAGAUCUGACAUUCGCUCGAAAAAAUGGCAAAUUAUGCACUGAAGGAAUAGCUAGAGAGAGGUUCUGUAAAGUCCUCGAGAAACCUUCCUGUUCGUCUCUCUCACGUACCUUAUCUUUUAUGUUCCACUUUUGUUGCUUGUACAGCAUUCCUUGUUCUCCCAAAGACAUGUAGCCCUGUGUACACACUUGUAAUUUCAGCUUGUGAAGUUGUAAUAAAAAUAUAGAGGCUAGA